GUAGCUCACGAGUGCUAUGCAAAACUUAAACUGGCAAAACAGAUUCACUUACAAUACUGAGUUUGAAGACAGGCGAAAUAGAACUAUUCCUAUAAGAAGGACACUGAGUAUAACGAAAGAACUGAAAUGAAAGAAAUUAAAAAUAUCCUUAUUGUUUCUUUUGGGUUUUUGCUAUUGUUUACAGCUUUUGGGGGACUUCAGAGUUUGCAAAGCAGUCUCAAUUCAGAUGAAGGCUUAGGAGUUGCUUCCCUAAGUGUAAUUUAUGCUGCACUUAUUGUAUCUUCUGUGUUCGUUCCACCUAUUGUUAUUAAGAAGAUAGGCUGCAAAUGGACCAUUGUUGCUUCUAUGUGUUGCUAUAUUACUUAUUCCCUUGGAAACUUCUAUGCCAGCUGGUAUACCCUUAUUCCAACAUCUUUAAUUUUAGGAUUUGGAGGGGCACCAUUGUGGGCUGCAAAAUGCACAUAUUUGACAGAAAGUGGAAAUCGCUAUGCAGAGAAAAAAGGAAAGCUUGCAAAAGAUAUUGUUAAUCAAUACUUUGGCCUUUUCUUUCUGAUAUUCCAAUCAUCUGGUGUGUGGGGAAACCUUAUUUCAUCCUUGAUUUUUGGCCAGAAUUAUCCUGCAGGCUCAAAUGACAGUUUUACUGACUAUUCACAAUGUGGUGCAAAUGACUGUCCAGGUACCAAUUUUGGCAAUGGAACUGGGACAACAAAGCCAACCAAAAGCUUGAUAUAUACUCUUUUAGGAGUUUAUACAGGCAGUGGAGUACUAGCUGUUAUACUUAUCGCUGUUUUCUUGGAUACCAUCAAUUUGAGAACAGAUCAGCUGAAACCUGGAACUAAGGAAGAAUCCUUUUCCAAAAAGAUCUUGGCAACUGUCAGACAUCUUAAAGAUAAACGUCAAUGUCUUCUUAUCCCCUUAACAAUGUACAGUGGAUUUGAACAAGGAUUUCUUUCUGGUGACUAUACAAAAUCAUAUGUUACCUGCAGCCUUGGGAUCCAUUUUGUUGGCUAUGUAAUGAUUUGCUUUGCAGCAACCAACGCAGUUUGUUCGUUGUUGUUCGGACAACUUUCCAAAUAUACAGGAAGGAUAUGUCUUUUUAUUCUGGCUGCUGUAUCUAAUGCUGCAUGCGUAAUCGCACUACUUCUAUGGGAGCCAUAUCCAAAUGAUUUUGCAGUGUUCUUCAUAUUCCCAGCCAUCUGGGGCAUGGCAGAUGCCAUUUGGCAGACACAAACAAAUGCUCUCUAUGGGGUAUUAUUUGAUGAACACAAGGAAGCAGCGUUUGCCAAUUAUCGCCUGUGGGAGUCUUUGGGAUUUGUUAUAGCUUAUGGUUAUAGUACAUUUUUAUGCGUCUCUGUCAAGUUGUACAUUUUACUGGCAGUGCUGUUAAUAGCAAUUGUGUUUUAUGGAUUUGUUGAAUAUCUUGAACAUGUUGAGCACAAAAAAGCAGCAAGCACUACUAUUUCACAAAAUGAGGACGGUAAUUCACUGUGCAAGCAGACAGCUAUGUAGCUGUUUGCUUUGUAUGAAUUCAGUGGCAUAACAUCCAGGCCCUGGACCCUACCAUACCCCAUGUGAAAUUGCAGGCUUCCCUGACACAUGCUUAAUCAAGGGUCACCGGCUAGUGACCUGCAAUUUCUGGUGUGUCAAGGAUGAUCCGUAAUUUUGGGCUGGUAACUUGGGGCUGGUAACAUGUUGGCCAGCGGCCUGCUACCAAGGUAGUUUCACCACUCAAUUAAUUUGUAUCCAACAUUUUAAUUGUAACAUUGCUGAUUGGUAAAAAUAUACUUUCCCUAAAGAUUGCAUAACAAAAAAAUUAAAAAAGUGAGUCAUAGAACAUAGGAUUGUAUUUAGGUAUUAUGCUCUAAUUUAAAAUAAAAGGUUUUUUUUUUUUAACUUAAUUUUAUGCUUAUCUCUUUUGCUGAUCUUAUGUUUUAUUAUUUUAGGUAAAUGUAGGCUCAACAGCUCCAAAGAUCUUUAUGAUACAUAGUGACAUUGGCAAGUAUAGUUUUGCCUGAUUUAACCACCAAUGUAGGGGGUAAGCAUGAGGCUAAUGUAGUUGUUGUUCCCCACAGCAAUGUUCAUAUCAUAACAAGGACCUAUGAAGACCUUUUAUAAGAGGACCACAUAGCACUAUGUAUUAUUAAAGCAGCCGAAUUAAUAUCCGCCCAGCCCUCUUCCAUGUAUCAAUCAUGGAUGCCACUAUUUAGGCCCUAUACACAUUAUAGGCCCAUUAAUCUGCAGACUUGGUCAGGAGUGACAGACAAUGUUAAACCCUGUAUGGUGAGCUUUAAUCCAGCUUGCAACUGAAGUAGUAUGCACUAUACAGAAGAAAUACUGGAUGUAGUAGGAGGGGUUAUUUAAUUUGUGAUGUGUGAAUUAAAUAGGUGUGUACAUUCAAAUAUUUUGUUUUAUUUAGUGGUCAUUUGGGAAGUAUAACGUUUCAUACAGCAUUGCUAUAUUA